AUGUCCGACCAAAGCUGCUACAAGUGCCAGCAACCUGGCCACAUCUCUCGCAAUUGCCCACAGCGCGACCAAGACAGUGGACGUAGAGGAGGUGGAUCCGUGUGCUACAACUGUCAAGAGACUGGACACUUCUCGCGCGAUUGCCCAAAGGGAGGAUCUCAACGCGGAGGAGGUGGCGGCGGCGGUGGAUCGUGCUACAACUGUGGAGGACGUGGACACUUCUCCCGUGAUUGUCCAUCUGCCAGAGAUGAUGGAGGCAGCAGAAGCUACGGAGGUGGUCGUGGAGGAGGCCGUGGAGGUUACGGAGGACAGAAGUGCUAUAACUGUGGCCGUAACGGACACAUCUCUCGCGAAUGCACUGAGAGCGGAUCGGCUGAGGAGAAACGCUGCUACAACUGCCAGGAGACCGGACACAUCUCUCGUGAAUGCCCAACCCAAAACAAUUGA